UUGCCUGGUAAACACUGGUAAGAAGAUGUACGACAUGAAGAUUCUCAGUAUUUUGGUGACCUUCCAGCUUCUGUUCUCAGCAGCUGGUUCAGAUAUCCCGAUCAGAGCAUCACGGUUUGCAGACGGGCUGAGAUCCAUGCGGUUCUUGAUAUCUGUGAACGACACGUGGGCAGGGCCGGGAGGUUGUUUGGCAACAGUAGCCACGCCCCCGCUCACGCCAGGCCAAAAAUACAACGAAACCUUGCCAAUACAGAUUGGAGAUUGUGACCACGGACCAAUGACAUUUACAGUGUCAAAAACCUUUGGGCAGACCUCGGAUUUGUAUCAUAUUGAUGUGACAUUUUACUCAUCUGUGAUUGAAGACGCCUCUCCUCCAUCUUGCCACAUAGGAUGGAAUGCUACAUACUUCGUGCCAACGUCUGAUGACAUCACCCACAGCCUGUUACCCGGAUGCUUCGUCAUGGACUCUCGCGAGGGAUAUCACAUGACCUACUACUGGUUCUACAUUUUAGAGUGGGAUAUGUUAUGAGCAACUGACAAAAGUGAGAAAUCUAAUAAGGCAGAUGCAUUGAGUGAUAACUGAACAGUCGCCAUGUCAUUAUAUACAGCCAGAGGUUUAGUUUAAAAAGUAAAAAAAAAAUGCAAUCAAUCAGUUGUAUGCAAUAUCCAAUGUCAUUAAAACGUGCGUACGAAUUUUGCUACGCUUGGCCAGGUCUAUUUUCUGAUUUAUCAUAACAAAAAAUUAAUGCAGACUUCAGGAUAUAAAUUAUAUCCUGUAUCUAGUAAUUUAGGUUGAAUUUAGACUGCAAUCCACCUGCAAACAU